AUGCGUUUCUUUGUCGUUGACUUUCGUGCUCCCACGGCUAUGGCAGAGUUGAAGCAUUUCUCCCACGAAUGUGCGUUGACAUUGCUGGAGACCGUCGGCGACGAUGUCUGCAACAUUUGCUUGAAAGACGGACCUGUCGCGUUCUCCUAUAGCCGUUGCAAUUUUGAUAUAUGUGAAGCUUGCUCUGAACUGCCGGAGAAAGUCUCACAUGAUUUCCACCCUGAGCACCCUUUGGAGUUUUUCCUUCGCCAAUACGACCGGAAACCGGGUCACGUCAUCUGCUCAGGGUGUGGUGACAUGUGUUCUGGAUCCUUUUACGAGUGUAAAGAGUGUGAGAUCUAUCUUGAUCUGGGAUGUGCGCUCAUGGAGAACAUCUUCAGGUGCUGGGAAGCCACGGAAAAGCUCCAUGAAAGCCAUUGCCACUAG